UUUUUUUUCCUCCUCUUCCAAUAGGUCUAUUGCCUCGCCAGCAUGCCAUUCGUCAAGACAGUAAAGAAUAAGGCUUAUUUCAAGCGAUACCAGGUCAAAUAUCGUAGAAGACGCGAGGGCAAGACCGAUUAUUAUGCUCGUAAAAGACUUGUUGUACAGGCAAAGAAUAAGUAUAAUUCUCCAAAAUACCGAUUAGUAGUUCGUUUCACCAAUACGGACGUCAUUGUUCAAAUUAUUUAUGCGAAACUUGAUGGAGACUUUGUCCUAACGGCCGCUUAUUCGCAUGAAUUAAAAAAAUAUGGUAUUAAAAUUGGACUUACAAAUUGGGCCGCAACGUACGCCACUGGAUUGCUUGCAGCUCGAAGAGUUCUCACCAAACUUGGAUUAGCCGACAAGUAUCUAGGCAUCACUGAACCGGACGGUAAAGUAGCACCCAUUGAAGAACUUGAAGAUGCUCCACGCCCUUUUAAAGCUUUCUUGGAUGUAGGCUUAAAACGUACAUCUACAGGAUCUAAAGUGUUUGCAGCUCUUAAAGGUGCAAGUGAUGGUGGUAUUUUCAUUCCUCACGGUGAAAAUCGGUUUCCUGGCUACGAUGCCGAAUCAAAAACGCUUGAUACAGAAGUCCUUCGUAAAUACAUUUAUGGUGGCCAUGUAGCCGAUUUUAUGCGUAUUCUACAGGAAGAAGAUGAUGAUAAAUUUAAAAAACAAUUUUCCAAGUUUAUUGAAGCUGGGGUUGGUGCGGAUGAUCUUGAAAAAGUAUAUAAAGAUGCACACGCUAAUAUUCGUGCGGAUCCUGUAUUUAAACCUACAGAGAAGAAGGACUACAAAGCUUCCAAGAAGUAUAAGAAAUAUCGAUUGAAUCUUAAACAGAGAAGAAAUAAGAUUGAACAAAAGAUCACAGCUUACAAACGGUCAAUAGAAAAAGAGGAAGAAUGAUUAUCAAUUACUAUUUAUCCUUUUACUUUAGUAAAAAGUAGAAAAAGUGAAAAAGUUUUAAUAUUAAAUAAAAAAUGCGUAUUAUGAAUUGACCUAGAAACGUUUUGCAGACAAAAAAAAUGUUUAUUAUGUAUAUAAUCAUUGAUUUUCUAAUUAAGUAUUAUUUACUUUAUUAAAAAGAAAAUACCAAAUUUAAUUAACUUGUUAAAAGAAUAAUG